GGGGGAGGGGCAGGAAAAACGGCUAUAAGGGCCACGUCCCAAGCAGACGGGAACCAGGCAGGCCAUGGCGGAUAUCCCCGGGGCGCAGCGACCGCUUCCCGGCGGCCCAGAGCCCCGGGACCCCCUGGACUGUUGGGCCUGCGCUGUGCUGGUCACCGCCCAGAAUCUGUUGGUGGCUGCGUUCAAUCUUCUCUUGCUGGCGCUGGUGCUGGGGACCAUCCUGCUACCCGCUGUCACCAUGCUAGGCUUCGGCUUCCUCUGUCACUCCCAGUUCCUGCGCUCCCAGGCACCCCCUUGUACAGCGCACCUGCGGGACCCGGGCUUCACGGCCCUGCUGGUCACUGGAUUCCUGCUCCUCGUACCGCUGCUCGUGCUUGCCCUGGCCAGCUACCGCCGCCUCUGCCUGCGCCUCCGCCUGGCUGACUGCCUUGUGCCCUACAGCCGAGCUCUCUAUCGGCGCCGGCGCAGCCCGCAGCCGCGGCAAAUCCGGGCCUCACCAGGGUCCCAGGCCGUUCCCACAUCUGGAAAGGUCUGGGUUUGAGGACCCUCGAGUCAAGAAUACUGACGACUACCCUCCCUUUCAGUUGGCCCAAGGACUUGAAGCCUGAGGGGUCUCUCGACCUAUCCUGCCCCCACCCCUGCCUUGGCUGGGUCCUAGAAUCCCUUUGGCAAGCAGCAUCUGUGGACCCAAUGUUGGUGAAAAUUUGCCACACUCUGGAAAACCCUUUCCUCUCACUACCCAUAUCUGAAUCCUGAACAUUUGGGCUGGACCCUGCACACACAAGCCCCUCUCCCCACCCCCACCUCGUGAACAGGACAACUAAACCUCGCUGGUGCCCUGCAGGUGCCCUCCCUUUCCAGUGCAGCUCCUCUAGUAUUUACCGGCUGGUGGGUGAGUUUGGAGGGGAAGGAAUGAUCACACAUCAAUAAAGAAUUAAUGAACUGAA